UGAGCUGUGGUUGGUGAUUCCUCACGUUACAUCCAGGGACACUGGAGACUAUCAGUGUGUGGCAGAGAAUGAACAUGGAGCAGUGGAGGGGUUCAUAACCAUCACUGUGGAACAGCGAGAUUCCAAUGAAUGGAAAGCAGGAUUGCUUGGAGCUGGAAUCUGUUUGAGUGUUGGACUGAUUGGAUUCUUCAUCUUCAAGUGUGUGAGAAAAGGGAGCAGCACAGGAAGAGGUCAUUCAGCGCAAGCAGAGCGUGUGGGCAGUUCCUCCCCAGGCGAGCAGUCGGACAGGUCCUGGCUUGAGGGUGAGCAGCUGAUGAAGUAUCUGGGAGUGGACAAUGAUCGGGAAAUCUUACUUCCUCCUGUCACUUCUCCAAGUUGGACUGUCACAAGAGUGGAAAGGUGACACUCCACGAGAGGUGACAGCGCAGGAAGGUUCAUGUGUACAGAUUCCAUGUCAUUACAGUUACCCAUCACAUUUGUUAGAGAAAACACGUGUCGGAAUCUGGAAUAUGAGAAGGGACAAAUGGAAUACAUCAUCUAUAGCCUUUCACUCCAAGGAUCACAAUCGCGAGUUACCACGGUUCCACCAUCGGACCCGGCUGUCUGGAGACCUGAAAGAUGGCAACUGUUCCCUGAUUAUAAACAACAUCAGAUGGGGAGAUGCAGGACAUUAUUUUUUCAGAAUAGAAUUUGACAGCAGCAAUAGUUACAGCAUCUAUCCUGUAACCCGGCUUCACGUUUCUGUUGGACUGUCACAAGAGUGGAAAGGUGACACUCCACGAGAGGUGACAGCGCAGGAAGGUUCGUGUGUACAGAUUCCAUGUCAUUACAGUUAUCCAUCGUGUCUGGAAAACCAACCGCGAGGUGGAGUCUGGUUUAAUAAAGAGAAACAGAUUCCUUGGGCUCCCAUUGCCUUUCACUCCAAGGAUCACAAUCACGAGUUACCACGGUUCCGCCAUCGGACCCGGCUGUCUGGAGACCUGAAAGCUGGCGACUGUUCCCUGAUUAUAAGCAACAUCAGACGGGAAGAUGCAGGACCUUAUUUUUUCAGAAUAGACUUUGACAAUGGUCCGAGCCAUAACUAUUACCCUGUAACCCAGCUUCAAGUUUCUGAUUUCACAGAUAAACCCACGAUAUUCCCUGCUGAAAUUAUUGCAGGAAAGCGUGUGGAUGUAAGCUGCACCUUCAACACAACGUGCAGUGGAACAGCAGCACCUGUCUUAACCUGGGACACUCCCACUGACGUACCUGGAUCAGUCUCAAACACUGUAACUCAGCAUGGUGUCACUCUGACCUACACUUCUGUUCUGACCCUGAUCCCAUCACUCAAACACCACGGACACACACUCAGCUGCAGAGUGAGAUAUCCAUCUGUUUCAUCGGAGCGGACCCUCGUACUAACUGUGCAAUAUAAGCCGGAGAUUUCCCAGCAGUCGGAGUGCACUCGGAGGUCAGAGGGGGUCACCUGCGUCUGUGUGGCCAACUCCAACCCACCCGGAGACCUCACCUGGCACCUGCCCAGUGCCAACAUCAGUGGUAACCAAACACACGGAGGUUUUGUGUCGUGGCAGGUCAGAGAUGGGCAUCUGGUGACUGGUUCCCUCACCCUGAUGAGACCCCAGGAUGAGGGGGGAGUGAUGGCAUCCUGCUCGGUUCAAAACCCACACGGGGAAGCCAUGUUCAAGGUGUAUCUGUGGGUCAAAGGUAGAGACUCCAGUAAAUGGACAGUAGGAUUGCUCACGGCUGGGAUCAUGUUGAGUGUUUUCCUGGCUGGAAUCUUCAUCUUCAUCUGUGUCAGAAAGAUAAAGACAAUGACAGGGGAGAGAGUUUCAGGGACCAGUGACAUUGCAUUGACCUCCAGUCCACUCUCUGUGAAGCACCAGGGUAAACAGAAUGUGCUGAUUACUGAGACCUGGGACACAACCAGAGACACAACUAGCGAGGGGGGGACCCCAGUUCCCCGGGGUCUCUCUGAAGGUCCAGUGGGAGGCGAUGCUGGAUAUGGGAACCCCGACAAACCCGACGAGCUUCUCUACGCCAAUCCCCAAGUCUUCAGGGUGCCCAGUGGUGAUGGGACUGUCCACAGGGAAGAGGAGGCGGAAUACGCACAGAUCAGAUUCAAGCGAAACUGAGUGUGAAACGGGGAGAGGGGGUGAGCAGAAUGGAAACACGGAGAAUCCUUCGACAGGGCGUGUGUGCAACAGGCUCACAAUAAAUGCAUUGCACGGCAACAACUAAGCAUGUCCUUUGAUGCUGAUGCAUCCCAGUCCUGCUGUGUGGACACAUCACAACCGAGGGACUGCCUGACUUCGUGCAGCCAACAUGGCUGAAUAGUAAUUAGCAAAAAUGUGACAUCACUGAACUUUGUUAACAUUUCAGAAUGUGCUUUCUGAAUUCUGCAACUUGUUUAUUCUGUGAUAGAUUACAAGAAGCUUUUGCAUUUUCUAUAAUAUUACAUUUAUUGUCACAAGGGAUUGAAAUGCCCAGACAACUCUGUACAGAUAUAUUUUUAUUAAACAUCUUACUCUGGGA